AUGUUGUCAGCGACACGAAGACUCUUUCCCAAUAAGGUGGACAAACGACAAUCAGACCAGUCAUUGUCAUCUACUUUGACCCUAACAGGAAGUUUAAAAGCCGUUGCUUCGUCUGCUCAACAGAGGAUUUGGUUAGACGAGCAAAUAUCUUUUAAUCCUUCGAGUUCACCAGCCCUUUAUAAUAUUAUUAUGCCAGUGGUAAUCAAACAAGGUUCCAUGCCGAUUGCUAGCAUUCGAUCAGCUAUUGUCGACACACUGGAACGACAUAACAUCCUUCGAACGGCCGUUUACUUUAAUCAAGAGAGUGGGCGACUCGAGCAAGCAGUGCAACCAAUUCUUGAAGACCACAAUUAUUCGUUUGAAGUUACUCGCGGUGCAAAAUCCACUGAAGAAAUCGAGGCACUACUUGUAAAAGAAUUUACCACUCAUUUUGCUCAAGUUGAACAUGGUGUGGUUGUUCGAUGCCAUCUGAUUAAGAUGGACAUUAAUAAUGCGGUGGAAGAAGAAGAAAAGCUACAUAGAAACGAUAUCAUUAUAUUCGUAAUUCAUCAUAUCGCAUUUGACAUCAGCGCUGCUGAUAUAUUUAUUAAUACCUUUGCACGAACAUAUCAUGUGGCUGAACCACUUGGUUCUACAUUACAAUAUAUUGAUUAUGCUAUCUACGAGCAGACUUUGCUGGUUGAUCCAGCUCAAAAUUCUAAAGUAAACGAAGCACGCCGAUUUUGGUCUAUAUUGAUGGACAGAUACGAUUGGCAUAAUAAUUACUUAUUACUUGUAGGCGCCACAAGCAAAACAAAAAUGCGUUCUGGUCGGGGUCAUGCGAUUUCAUUUGAUCUAGAUUCUGAUAUAGUUCAAGCUCAGCUACAAUGUGCUAUGGCAAACAAUGUUUCAAUGUUCCAGUUGGGUUUAACAUGUUUCUUUGCAUUUCUCUACAAACUGUGCAAUAGCUAUACAGAUGAUUUUUGUAUAACUAGUGCAACAGACAAUCGUCAAUUACCAGAAACAAAAAAAAUGAUCGGCAUGUUUGUUAAUCUUCUGCCUUAUCGCAUCAAAAUUAAUCCUGUCGAAUCAUUUAUUAGUUUAAUGCUACGAAUUAGGCAGCUAUGCAUUGAUGUACUUCAGCAUGCUGAAUUACCUUACCAGGAAAUUAUUGGUCACAUGAAUAAUUCUACAUCACCCAAAAUACCUUUUCACUUCCAAUACCAAUCGGUUAUGUCAUCAUUAACAUAUGGAUCGACACAAGUCUUAAAAACGAAAGAUGCAAUACUGCAAUCAUAUACUGGUCGAGACUGGUCUCAUAGCAAUGGUACUGCUUUGAAUGAUCUAUCUCUAACUAUGACUCAUGAUUACCAUAACCAAACAACUCAUUUUAUUUUUGAAUAUUCGACCGACGUUUUUGAUGAUGCAAUGAUUUCACUGAUAGGUCGACGUUUCCAACAUUUUCUCUCACAAAUUUUUUCUGCAAGUGUUGACAAAAAUCAAUUCAAUCAAAGCCGUAACCCAAUAUCUAAACUGUCUCUCUUAUUGUUGGAAGAUAUUGAAGAAAUCCCACGAACUAUCUUCCAUCGACUACCAAAUAUUGGUUAUACAGCACCAGCAUCAUAUGCUCAAUCUCGAAUUUGUCUUGAUGAACGAAUUCAUUCUCAUUAUGAUCAACAAUUUAUAUCAAUUCAUAAUAAACCUUACAUUUAUCGACUUCAACAUCAACAUAGUUUAUCAAUUGACCGACUUCAUCAAGCUGUUCAACAAAUUCUUAUCAAACAUUCAACACUUCACACUUCACUCAUCUUUCAUACAGAACAAAAUCAAUUUAUUCAACAAAUUAUUGAUUUUAACAGUAACAAUAAUAAAUUAUUCUUCUAUUUCGAAAGUACUUUUCAGACCGAUGAGCAACUAAAUAAGAUUAUCAAUGAUGAAAGACACAAUCCUCAGCAUUUCGAUCUUGUUCAAGGCCGCGUCUUUCGAUAUCAUAUUCUUUACUACAAACAAGCUUCUUUAAAUGGUUUUCUGUCUGACAAAGAUGUUCUUAUUUUCAGUUUUCAUCAUGCUUUCUUUGAUAAUUCAUCAAUGAAUGUGUUUUUCCAUGAUCUCAAUGAAGC